ACCGUUUGGUGAAGAUGGCGGACUCGCUGUUGACAGGUCUGGGAGAGGAGAAAGAUAAGGAGAAGGAGGGCAGAGAGAAGGACAGACACGUUCCAAAAACAGAGAAAAACAGAGAGAGAGACGGAUUCACUGAGACGUUGGGGUUCAACGACAAAAACGGAGGCAGUAAGAGCCAGAAACGCAGCCUGUCAGAUCUGUCUCUGGUCAGAUUUAUAACGACUGAGCUCACCAGAGGCUACUUCCUUGAACACAAUGAGGCCAAAUAUACAGAACGCAGAGAGAGAGUGUACACCUGCCUCCGCAUUCCCAAAGAGUUGGAAAAGUUGAUGACUUUCGGCUUCUUCCUCUGCUUGGACACCUUUCUCUAUGUGUUCACCCUUUUACCCCUCAGGGUGAUUCUCGCUCUUUUACGACUCAUCACAGUGCCAUGUUGUGGCCUCAGUGGCUCCCGCCUGCUCCAGCCAGCCCAAGUGUGUGAUGUGCUGAAAGGCUUCAUCAUGGUGCUCUGUUACUCAAUGAUGAGCUAUGUGGAUUACUCUAUGAUGUACCACCUCAUCAGGGGGCAGUCUGUCAUCAAACUCUACAUCAUCUACAACAUGUUAGAGGUGGCAGAUCGCCUGUUCUCAUCAUUUGGCCAAGACAUCCUGGACGCUCUGUACUGGACUGCCACUGAGCCCAAAGAAAAAAAGAGGGCGCACAUAGGCGUGAUUCCUCACUUUCUCAUGGCAGUUCUCUAUGUCUUUCUUCAUGCCAUCCUCAUAAUGGUUCAGGCCACAACACUGAACGUAGCCUUUAACUCCCACAACAAGUCCCUGCUCACCAUAAUGAUGUCCAACAACUUUGUGGAGAUCAAAGGGAGUGUUUUCAAGAAGUUUGAAAAGAACAACCUUUUCCAGAUGUCUAAUAGUGAUAUAAAGGAAAGGUUCACCAACUACAUUCUGCUGCUGAUCGUCUGUCUGAGAAACAUGGAGCAGUUUUCAUGGAACCCUGACCACCUGUGGGUGCUCUUUCCAGAUGUGGUCAUGGUGAUCACCUCAGAGGUCGCCGUGGAUGUUGUCAAGCACGCCUUUAUUACUAAAUUCAAUGACAUCAGUGCCGACGUAUAUGGAGAAUACAGAGCCAGCCUUGCCUUUGACCUUGUCAGCAGUCGGCAGAAAAAUGCUUACACAGACUACAGUGAUUCAGUAUCCAGAAGAAUGGGCUUCAUCCCUCUUCCUUUGGCUCUGCUGCUGAUCAGAGUAGUCACCAGCUCAGUGAAGAUCCAGGGUUCACUCUCUGUUAUGUGUGUGCUGCUGUUUUACCUUGGGAUGAUCACUCUCAAGGUGCUCAACAGCAUUGUUCUGCUUGGAACGUCUUGCACGUUAGUCAAAGAGGCCAACAUGGAAGAAAAGCUCUUCGACCCUCCUCCCUCUGUCGUUUCCAGCCGUGCAAACUCAAGAGCAAACCGAACCAAGCAAACUCCCACUGUGCCACACCAAGAACCUACAACCAAUAAAGCAGGAAUACCCCAGACACCAGAUGUUCCUCAGCCCCCAAAUUGGGCAGAAAACACCAGCCCUAUUCUCCCCAAGAGUGACUCAGACACAUUCCUGACCACGCCAGAUGAGGAGGACGAGGACAAAAUCAUAAACACUGAUACGGGACUAGAAGGAGACGAGCUCAAGCACAGAGCACCCAAGAAAGAUUUGUUGGAGAUAGACCGAUUCACCAUCUGUGGCAACCGAAUAGACUGAAGGCUUCUGAAACCACUAGUUGGUGCAGUGUCCUGGCAGCACAGCAGGGUUCAGGGAUCAGACAAAGGUCUUGUGUCGCACACAGACCUGACUCAUUCUUAUGCACCUGACCCUUUAAAUAUUUAUUUAUUUAUUACGGACAGAACCAGCCAAUGGCAUAAAGCUGUUACACCAGAGGCCGAGUCAGAAGUUUUCCAGCUCAUCUUUUGUGUGUUCUAUGAACCAAAUAGACUCUAGCAGUGGGUCGUGGUUGUCAUGGGAACAUACAUCCUUGCUUGUCAACGAUGGCAGGAAAAGAAUGGCUGGUUUUACAGUGGAAGAACACUGCAAAUGAGAAAUCUCACGUCGUUACAGCUGGACUGUGUUGGUGUGUAUUCAAAAGCACAAUUCUACGUACAGCAGAAGUUGUUUUUAGAAGAACAAAACUCAUCAGUUUUUUUAAUUUCCAAACUCUGACAAAAUUAGAUAUUUGAGAUGUUUUUUUUCCUUUUAUAAUGAAGAAUGUCAGCUCUUUUUUCUAAAUUUACCAGCUGUAGGACCCUGAUUCAUUCUGCAUACACACACAUGAACGCAUUUAAAGAAAUCUUCUUUAAAUCGUGUGAUGAGCUUAUGUGCAGCCCAACAUAGCAGUUGUGACACUAAAAAUGUUUUGCAUGAACAAAUCAUCCUCAUCUUUGGAGUUUUUGUGUAUGGCUAUUUGUCUUAAUAUUCUUACUUUAAAGCACUGAGAAGAGAGUGCCUAUUUUUUAAGGUACUACAGUAGUGUCUUUUUGCAGGCAAUCUACCAAGCCAGACUAGUUUAGGUGGUAGAUUAAAGUGUGCAAUGUGCUUCACAUGUGCAAUUAUGAUUUAUACAUGUACAUGACAGCAACACUGGAGCUGAGAAUAUGUUCAUGUUGCAAAUCCAAUUGUGUUCUAUUAUGAGUGAGAUUGGUAUGACAAACUGAAGAAAAUAAAAGGAUUUCAUGUAUGUAGACAAGCAUGGCAGUCUGAGCUACAGGAAGGGUCCUAUAACUGCAUAAAAUCGGAGACCCUAAUACAUUUAAUUGGCAAUGAAGCUCUCAAAAAAAACAACCUAGUUUGUAAAACUCAAUGCUGUCAUAUUGCUGUUUUUGAUUUUUGGAAGAGAGCCUUGCCUCAGUUGAGCUGUGUGCAUCAGUUGGUUUGAAUUGCAGUUAAAGCUCUUGUUUGAUAACUUUAUCCUGUCAAGUAAAUGUCUCUCCUGCAUUUUUUAUGUGAUAGUCUAAACAAGGAGGCAAAGCAAAAACAGCUCACAUCUUCAAAGUUAUGAACCAAAAUGCAAUGGUUUUUUUCUUCACUAUUUGGUCAUAAUUGAUGUUUAUAUCAAUUUUGUUUUAUAUAAAAUACUCCAUUCUCAUUUGUUGUAAGAAAGAAGGUACUUCAAGGUGAAAGUACUUCUUUUUCUUUUUUUUUAUACAUCAUCCACAGGUGAUCAUUAAACCUUCCAGACGACAGAAAGUGUUGUUUACAGAUUUUUAAAAAGAAAAAUUACAAUAUUUGUUGUUUGAUUGUGAUUUGUAUUUAAAGCUGAUAAACUACAGGAGCAACCAGGGCCACGUUCAGUCUCGCUAUAGGUCAAAUCAGUGGAAUAAAUAAGUGCUUACUGAGUGAAUGCAUUGUAAAAGUUAGUGUGUACAAAAUUCAACAAGUCAUUUGCAGUGGGUGGAUCGAGCGUGCUGCGAUAUCUGUUAAUCAGACAUUUCUGUGUUUUUAUUUUUAUGUACAAUUCAACUGUGUAUUGUAUCUCCUUUGUGGUAAAAGGAGAAUAAAACAAAUACUUUGUUUUGUAA